AUGUUUCUGAUGUGGUUCAGUAUGAGUUUGGCCACCAACAACAUUGUCGUCGGGACUAUGGGCACUGUUGUGCUGGGGUUGAGCUUUAAGGAUGCGGCAAUCAGCGGGAUUAUGGGAUGUCUUCUCGGUUGCGUUAUAAUUGGGUAUAUCAGCACAUGGGGACACAAAACGGGAAACAGAACUCUUAUCACGGCUCGGUAUUGCAUGGGCUGGUACCCAAGCAAAGUUUGUUGUGUCCUUAACAUCUUUACCAAUCUUGGAUACAGCAUGGUGAACAGUGUUGUCGGUGGCCAGGUCCUCUCAGUGGUCUCUGGAGGUCAUCUUUCCGUGCUGGUGGGGAUUGUCAUUGUCGCAGUCACCAGCUGGGCCAUGGCUCUAUUUGGUAUGAAGAUUUUCGCAUUAUACGAACGUAUCGCCUGGCUCCCACAGAUCUUAGUGGUCUGUAUCAUGGUGGGCUCAGCAGGACCCCAUUUCAACUUUGACGAUGCAACAUCCCUCAGCGCACGGGAGCUGACCGCGAGCCGGUUAACUUUCUUCUCUCUAUGUCUCGCUAUUGGUCUCUCGUGGGCUCCGCUUGCCGCCGACUACUACGUCUAUUAUCCAUCGAACACCAAGAGCUGGCAGACAUUCACCGCGACCGUUCUCGGAUCUUUGCAGGGCAUGGGAAUUUCCGUUGUGAUGGGCGUCGGACUUGGCUCCGUCAUUUCUAGCUCAGCCUAUUAUGCUGGCAAAUACGGCGACAGCCCAGGUGGUGUGCUGAUGACAGCGUACGAUUCCCUGGGUGGGUUCGGCAAGUUCUGUGCUGUUAUCAAUGUACUCUCCCUGGUUGCCAAUAACACCCCUGGGUGUUACUCGAUGGGUAUAAACUUCCAACAGCUCGGAGGUGUGUUUGGUAAAAUCUCUCGGCCUUUUUUCACGACCCUCGCAACCGUCAUAUAUACGGCAUGUGCAAUGGGCGGCCGGAACAUGCUAUAUGAGGUCUUCAAGAGUUUCCUUCCUUUGAUCGGAUACUGGGUCAUCAUGUACGUGGUCAUCAUGAUCGAGGAAGACCUUGUCUUCCGACGUACCAAGGGGUAUGACUGGACCACUUGGGAUUGUCGUGCCAAGCUUCCUAUAGGACUUGCAGCGACGGGUUCAUUCUUCAUCGGCUGGGCGGGUGCAGUGGUUGGCAUGUCUCAAGCAUUUUACACUGGCCCAAUCUCUGAAAUGUCCGGUGGAGGAGAUCUGGGAGUUUGGCUAGGUGCAGCCUUCACGGCAGUCUCAUUCCCACCAUUGCGGGUAUUGGAGCUUCAUUUCAUUGGCCGGUGA